AUAAGUUGACCCGUCAGAUUUUACUUGUAACAAAUUGAAGCAUGGAGGACAAAGAAAAGGGACGUACUAUUGUGUACUCCCGUAUCACAAUUUGAUCUCUCCCCCCAUAAAGCUGCCAACUUUAACCAUCUUCCUGUGAACCCUCUCUCUCUCUCUGAUCCGAUGCCAGUACAAUUAUAGUUAUUGAUGUGAUUAUAUGUGAAAUGGACACUUCUCUUUCAUGAUCUCCCAGUCUUCAUAUGUACCCUCCACUCUGCCCCAUACGCUUUGUAUGAGUAACAGCGACAACAAACCCACCUGCUUCCUGUUGCAAUGGCGAUUCGCCUCCUACCCACCAUACUCUGCUUCUUUCCCCUUCUCUCUCCCGGAGCUUCCUUCUCCGGGCGAAACCCAGAGGGGGAUUUCUUGAUUUCGUUCAAGAAUUCUCUUCAUACCCCUGAAAUUCUCUCUUCCUGGACCCCUCUAGUUCCCCAUUGUCGCUGGGAUGGAGUUCUCUGCCGGGACGGAGAAGUCGUCUCCCUUGUUCUUUCGUCCCUCGCUCUCCGGGGACCUCUCUCGCAGUCAAUUUUCUCUCUUUCCAGCCUUGUCGUCCUUGAUCUCUCGUCGAAUCUUCUUUAUGGGAGUGUUUCGCCACAAAUCUCCGGGUUGAAGAGGCUCAAGGUUCUGGACUUGGGGGGAAACCAGUUCUCCGGCGAGGUUCCCGGGCAAAUCAGAGAGUUGACUCGUUUGGAGAUUGUAAAACUCGCGGCCAACCUUUUCACCGGGAGAAUCCCGCCGGAGUUGGGACACUUGGCCGGUCUCCGUUUUCUGGACCUUUCCGGCAAUGGGUUCUCCGGCGGCAUACCCACCCAGCUCGGGAACCUAACCCAACUCCGGGUCCUCUCUCUGGGGAGCAAUCUUCUCUCAGGUUCUCUCUCUCCGCAUCUGUUUUCAAGGCUUCCGUCCUUAACCUCUCUGGACAUCUCUAACAAUUCCCUCUCCGGCACAAUACCGCCGGAGAUUGGAAAUUUGACCGCCCUGACGGAGCUUUACAUCGGCAUCAACCAUUUCUCCGGCCAGUUGCCCCCGGAAAUUGGGUUCCUUUCAAACCUUCAAGACUUCUAUUCAUCUUCAACUUCACUCACCGGCCCAUUGCCGGAAUCUUUCUCAAGCCUCAAGUCCUUAUCCAAGCUCGACUUGUCUUACAACCCAUUGAAGUGCUCCAUCCCGGAGUCAAUAGGGAAGCUUCAGAAUUUAAGGAUUCUCAACCUGGUGUCCUCCCAGAUAAGGGGUUCUAUCCCUCCCACUCUGGGAAAGUGCAGAAAGAUGAAGACUCUGGUUCUUUCCUUCAACUCACUCUCCGGCCCACUCCCUGAGGAGCUUUCUGAGUUCAGAGAAUUGCUAGCGUUUUCCGUGGAAGAGAAUCAGCUCUCUGGCGAAUUGCCUUCUUGGCUGGGGAAAUGGACGCAGAUCGACUCGCUGUUGCUUUCCGGCAACAGAUUUUCCGGCAGAAUCCCGCCUGAGAUUGGGAAUUGCUCAUCCUUGACCAUGAUUAGUCUCAACAACAACUUACUCAGUGGUCCAAUCCCCGGAGAGCUGUGCAAUGCUGUUGCUCUCACAGAUGUUGAUCUGGGCAGUAAUUUUCUCUCUGGAACCAUAUCUGAGACAUUUAUUAACUGCGGCAAUUUAACUCAGUUGGCAUUGGUGAACAAUCAAAUUCACGGGACGAUGCACGGUUACCUCUCAGAUCUUCCUCUCAUGGUUCUUGAUCUGGAUUCGAACAAUUUCACGGGUUCCAUCCCAACCAGUUUCUGGAAUUCUUCAAGCUUGAUGGAGUUUUCUGCUGCAAAUAACCACUUGGAGGGGAGGCUCCCCAUGGAGAUUGGAAAUGCCAAGUCUCUGCAGAGGCUCGUCCUUAGCAACAACAGAAUAAGUGGGGAAAUUCCUCCAAGCAUUGGCAGUUUAUCCUCACUCUUAGUCUUGAACUUGAAUUCCAAUCUUCUUGGAGGCGCCAUACCCGCUGAGCUUGGCCACUGUCUCUCCCUUUCGACAUUAAAUCUGGGUAACAAUGAACUGAACGGCUCAAUCGUUGAGGGAAUUCCCAAUUUGCCCCAGCUCCAGUGCUUGGUUCUCUCCCACAAUCGUCUCACGGGGCACAUUCCUUCUAAUGAGAAUCCCAAGUAUUUUCGCCAAGACACAAUCUCAGAUUCCACCUAUGUUCAACACCGUGGAGUGUUCGAUCUUUCGUUUAAUCAGCUCUCCGGGGAAAUCCCAGAAGAGCUGGGGAGUUGUUUGGUGAUAGUGGAUCUUCUGCUUAGCAAUAACCGGUUCUCUGGGCUGAUUCCUAAGUCUCUUUCCCAGUUACCUAACCUCACAACACUAGACAUGUCUGAGAAUGAGCUUAGAGGUGAGAUUCCAAUGGAGUUUGGUCAUGCUCUAAGUCUGCAAGGGUUAUAUCUGGGGAAAAAUCGUCUCGCCGGAGCAAUGCCGGAAAGCUUAGGACUCUUGGUCGGUUUGGUGAAGUUGAACCUGACCGGGAAUAAGCUUUCUGGCCAAAUCCCAUCCAGUUUUGGGAAUCUCCAUUCUCUCACUCACUUGGACUUGAGCUCCAACCUUCUUGAAGGUCAUCUUCCCCAAUCGCUCACAAACAUGGUGAAUAUUGUUGGAUUUUACGCCCAGCAAAACAGACUCUCCGGGCACUUAGAUGAGCUUUUCACGGCUUCUACAGUUUGGAGAAUUGAGAUUCUGAAUUUAAGCAGUAACAGUUUUUCCGGCGGCCUGCCGCCGUCUCUUGGCAACAUGUCGUACCUCACGUGUUUGGAUCUUCACGGGAAUGGUUUUGCCGGAGGGAUUCCUGGUGAGUUUGGGAAUCUGACCCAGCUUGAGUAUUUGGAUUUGUCUGGGAACAGACUCUCCGGUCGGAUCCCCGACCCCAUUUGCCAUCUCCCCAACUUGAAUUUCUUCAAUUUCGCGGAGAACGAUCUCGCUGGUCCCGUCCCAGGAAUCAGAACCUGCCAGAAUCUCUCCCGUGUUUCUGUUGCCGGCGGGAACAGGAAUUUAGAACUGAUAUUAUCAGCGGUCAUGGCCGGAACUCUAACCAUCACAGUUUUGGCAGUGUUUCUGCUGAGGAGGAAGAAAUGGAAGCCCAAAAAUGGAGGUGGAGGAAGAAGAAGAGGCUUUGACGAUGACGACGACGAUGAUCCCGAGAAACCCCGGGGCGGCGACGGCUCAGCCAUCGAUCGACGCCUCUACUUCCUGACAAACGCCAAAUCGAAAGAGCCACCGAGCAUCAACAUCGCCAUGUUCGAGCAAUCUCUCCUGAAGAUCACGCUGGUCGACAUCCUCGAGGCGACCGACAACUUCUGCAGAACAAACAUCAUCGGCGACGGAGGGUUCGGAACCGUGUACAGAGCCACGCUCGCCGACGGGAAGACCGUCGCCGUAAAAAAGCUGAGCCACGGCAAAACCCAGGGGACCCGCGAGUUCCUGGCGGAGAUGGAAACCCUGGGGAAGGUCAAGCACCCGAACCUAGUUCCAUUGCUGGGCUACUGCACGUUCGGGGACGACAAGGUCCUGGUCUACGAGUAUAUGGUCAACGGGAGCUUGGACUUCUGGCUGAGGAACCGGUUGGGACCGCUCGGGUUACUCGGGUGGGGAAAGCGGUUCAAGAUCGCGGUCGGGGCCGCUUGCGGUUUGGCGUUCUUACACCACGGAUUCACCCCGCAUAUCAUCCACAGGGACAUGAAGCCCAGUAACAUUCUGCUGGACCAGGACUUCGAGCCCAAAGUGGCGGAUUUCGGCCUGGCCCGGUUGAUCAGCGCGUGCGAGACGCACGUGAGCACGGACAUCGCCGGCACGUUCGGGUACAUCCCGCCGGAGUACGGGCAGACGGGGAGGUCGACGACGAGGGGUGACGUGUACAGCUUCGGGGUGAUCCUGCUGGAGCUGUUGAGCAGUAAGGAGCCCACCGGGCCGGAGUUCAAGGACGGCGAGGGGGGGAAUCUGGUGGGCUGGGCCUCGAAGAAGAUGAAGAAGGGCCAGGCCGUGGAUGUUCUUGACCCGGAGAUUCUGGACGCCGACUCGAAGCCCAUGAUGCUCCAGACACUGCAGAUCGCGAGUCUGUGCCUCUCCGACAAUCCGGCAAGCCGGCCGACGAUGCUUCAGGUGGUCAGGCUGUUGAAGGGAAUCAGAGAUGAUUAGUUAGUGCUUAACUCAAUUUAUGUAUUUUUGUAUUACGCUAACUAUUAUUGUGUUAAUUAAAAAUCCCACUCUGUUCCUCUUUGAUUUGAAUCGACGACUGAGAGCCAUCAUCGCCCAGGUAGACAGACACGCUUCUUAUUAGGGUCCGUU